AUGGCACAUCAGUCUGAGAUCCUUCUUCACUCAAAAAACAAGUAUUUCUGCGAACACUGUUCAAAAGCAUUUCCAAGCGCCUUUGAUUUAAAAAGGCAUCUGAGAACCCAUACUGGGGAGAAACCGUACUCCUGUAAACAGUGCUCAAAAGCAUUUUCGGAUGCUUCAAAUUUAAAGCGACAUCUGAGAAAACAUACUGGCGAGAAACCAUAUUCAUGUAAAUAUUGUUCAGAGGCAUUUUCCGACGCUCUAAACUUAAAAACGCAUAGGAGAAUCCAUAUUGGCGAAAAACCGUAUUCAUGCGAACACUGUUCAAAAGCAUUUUCAAACGUCUCUCAUUUAAAAAUUCAUCUAAGAACCCAUACUGGGGAGAAACCAUAUUCCUGUAAACAGUGCUCAAAGACAUUUUCAGAUGCUUCAAAUUUAAAGCGACAUCUGAGAAAACAUACUGGCGAGAAACCGUAUUCAUGUAAACAUUGUUUAAAGGCAUUUGCCGACGUUGUAAACUUAAAAAUGCAUGUGAGAACCCAUACUGGCGAAAAACCGCAUUCCUGUGAAAUUUGUUCAAAAACAUUUUCCCGAUUCGAAAGCUUAAAAUCACAUCUGAGAAUCCAUACUGGUGAGAAACCGUAUUCCUGUGAAAUUUGUCCGAAGGCAUUUUCCCACCUUGGAAGCUUAAAUUUACAUCUGAGAUCUCAUAUUGGCGAAAAACCGUAUUCAUGCGAAUACUGUUCAAAAGCAUUUCCAAGCGUCUCUUAUUUAAAAAGGCAUAUGAGAACCCAUACUGGGGAGAAACCGUAUUCCUGUAAGCAGUGCUCAAAAGCGUUUUCGGAUGCUUCAAGUUUAAAGACACAUCUAAAAAAACAUACUGGCGAGAAACCGUAUUCAUGUAAACAUUGUUUAAAGGCAUUUUCAGACGCUCUCAACUUAAAAACGCAUGUGGGAACCCAUAUUGGCGAGAAACCGUAUUCAUGCGAACACUGUUCAAAAGCAUUUUCAAGCGCCUCUCAUUUAAAAAUUCAUCUAAGAACCCAUACUGGGGAGAAACCAUAUUCCUGUAAACAGUGCUCAAAGGCUUUUUCGAAUUCUUCA